CACCAACUAAAAGAGGCGCCUUCGCUCCUUCUCUCUCUCUUCUCGAAUCUUCCAAAGACUCUCUCUUUUCUCAACCCCACAUUUCGCACCCUAGAUUUUUCAACUCUCUGCUUCCGCAAUUCGACGCCGUCUCCGGUUUCGGCCACUGGGCACCAUCGAGCUCCGCCGCAGGGGGUUUUGAGCUCCGCAGCGGCGCAAUUCCCCGGAAGGCGGAAUUUGGAGGGAUUGCGAUUAGUCUCCGGAUCUGAAUUCGUCGAAUUCCGGCUGUAAUCAGUGGAUUUGAGUUUACAAAAAAAAUUGGGGGCGAAAUUUUGAAAUUUUAUUUUUUUAGUGAGGCUUUGGAUUUCCAUGGGGGAAGGCGACGGGGCCGAUUCGGCUCCGACUGAGCCGCAAUCGGAUGCGGUAUCGGCCACUGCGACGACGUCAACUAGCGGCGACGUUCCGGCGAAGAAGCUUGCGAGGCAGCUCGAUUUCACGGCGCUUGGCGCCACCGCGAGAAGUGUGGCGCUUCCGGAGGCGCAGAAGCCUCAGGUUCCGCCCGCGACUGUGUCGCAGAGUCAGCCGAGGCCGCAGGUGGCUGGAGUGCCGGUGCCACAGCCGCCGCAGAGCCAGCCGAGGCCGCAGGGGGCUGGGGUGCCGGUGCCACAGCCACAGCAAAGUCAGCUGAGGCCGCAGGGGGUGAGGAUGCCGGUGCCGCAGCCACCGCAUAGUCAGCCGAGGCCGCAGGUGGCUGGGGUGUCCAUGCCACAGCCACCUCAGAGUCAGCCGAGGCCGCAGGUGGUGGGGAUGCCGGUACCGCCGCAGCAACCACCUGUACCUUCAGUUAGGCCAGUGAAACCGGAUUCUCCAAAAAGACCAAGACCGAACGUUGAUGGUAAAGAUGGCACUCCUAAGAAGCAAAAACAGUGCAAUUGUAAACACUCUCGUUGUUUAAAGCUGUAUUGUGAGUGUUUUGCAUCUGGAAUUUACUGUGAUGGUUGCAACUGUGUAAACUGUUGCAACAAUGUUGAAAAUGAAGGUGCUAGGCGAGAUGCAGUAGAAGCUACUUUGGAGCGCAAUCCAAAUGCAUUUAGGCCAAAAAUUGCAAGCAGCCCACAUGGCCCACGGGAUAGUCGGGAGGAAGCAGGUGAGCUUGUGGUUUUGGCAAAACACAAUAAAGGAUGCCACUGCAAGAAAUCAGGGUGCCUCAAGAAAUAUUGUGAAUGCUUCCAAGCCAACAUUCUCUGCUCUGAGAACUGUAAGUGCAUAGACUGCAAAAACUUUGAAGGAAGUGCAGAGAGACAAGCUCUAUUUCAUGGUGAUCAUAACAACAACAUAGCAUAUCUUCAGCAGGCAGCAAAUGCUGCCAUUACUGAUGCUAUCGGAUCCUCUGGAUACAUAUCAUCCCCACCGAUAUCCAAGAAAAGAAAAGGUCAGGAAAUCUUUUUUGGACAGACAGCCAAGGAUCAGUCAGCUCAUAGGAUAGGACAGUAUCCACAGGCAAACCAUCUCAGACCACCUGCACCAUCUUCGUCUUCUGCUCCUGUUACUCGCCUUGGUACUGCCGGAUUAGGGCCUUCAAAGUUCACAUACAGGUCUCUCCUAGCAGACAUCAUCCAACCACAGGACUUAAAGGAGCUCUGCUCAGUUUUGGUUGUGGUAGCAGAAGAAGCAGCAAAGACACUUGCAGACAGAAGAAGUGCUGCAGAGAAGGAGGCAGAAACUUCCCUUGCUACAACCACAGAAGACGGGUUGCAAAGCCAAAAGGAAUCUGAUACUCAGAAAGUUGUGACUGAUGAUUGCACUACAGCAAACCAAGCUGACCAAAUCAGCCCCGAAGAUUCUAAUUCCGAUGGUGUUGAUGGGCCAAAAGGGAGACCAAUGUCUCCUGGAACUUUGGCCUUGAUGUGUGAUGAACAAGAUACAAUGUUCAUGUCAGCCGCUUCUCCUAGUAGGUUAAUAGGGGAUGGAUACAAUAUAUCUUCACAGUUGCCUAACGGACAAGGAAUGACAGAAGUCUAUACAGAACAAGAAAGGGUUGUGUUAGCAAAGUUUCGAGGCUGUCUUAAUAUGCUCAUCACUCGUGGAGAACUUAAAGAAGCUGAGUGCUCAUCUUUAGCCAGAAGUGAAGCUGUAGCUCAAAGAGAACAAAUCAUCGGCAAUGGAACUUCAAAUCCAAGAAUGGAAAUAGGUAGUCAGCAGAGGCCAGUUAGCAAUGGUGUUGUUCCACCUACAGCCAGGACAUCGCAGAUGGUUACUGCAGCAGUUUCAUCCCCUAGUACGGUGCCUCCUAGGCCUCCAGCCGUUCCCCAAAAUGGGGGAAACAAACCAAAAGCUUAAAGAACUGUAAAAAGAAUUCACCACACAAGAUUUACCGAAGGUAAAUUCAAUCUGACUUGUCAGUGUCAGCUGGCAAGACAGUACUAGGAACUACUCUUAGAAGGAUCUAGAUAAGUUUUUGUUUUUCUAAGGUUAUUAAUAUAUUGUAGAUUAGAUUUUUUUUUUAGCUUCAACCAUAGUUCGAUCCGGCUGGUGUAGGCUGCAGAUGGUUUAAUCGCACACCACAUGAUAUCAUUUUUGAUUGUUACAUACAAAUUAACAUCAUGGCCAGCUUGAUUGCUACAUGGUAAAUUUUUGUUAUAUAUCUUGCUAAUAUAUUUCUUGCCUUCUCAAUACUUUCACGAUUUCUGGAGAAACAGCGAGCAUUCGCACUCAUGGUGAAAUAUGUAACUUAAAUUUUCUACCA